GGUGGCCCGGCGUCGGGGCGGCAUGCCGGGGGCGGCGGGGCGGUAGUGGCGGCGCCGAGUCUGUACCGGGGCGGCGGGAGCGGCGAUGCGGCUGCUCGGCGCCUUCCUGCGGUUGCUGGUGGCCGGGACGCUGGGGGCACCGCCCGCCCCGGUGAGAGCCGAGGGGCGGGAGGGGAUCGGAGCAGGGUGCGGCUGCCCGGGGUGGCCACGGAGGCCGGGACAGCUGCUCCCGGCGCUAGGCGGGGGGCGGCAGCGGGUCACCCCGUGCUGCCCCUCCAGAGCUCGCCUUUCCCUCCCUGCAGGCCCCGGAGUCCUUACCUUUCGGGAGAUCUGGAAUCGUAGUUUCUGCCGGCCUCUAGAGCAGCUGGUGGACGUCAUUACCGAAUUCCCCAACGAGGUGGAGUACAUUUUCAGACCCUCGUGCGUCUCCCUGCAGCGCUGUGGAGGCUGUUGUGGGGACGAGGGUCUCCGCUGCGUCCCCCUGGAGACCAGCACGGUCACCAUGCAGCUCCUGAAGAUAAAGCCAAAUGGGGAGGCACCCUAUGUGGAGAUGGCGUUCACCGAGCACAAGCGGUGCGAGUGCAGGCCCCGGCAGGACCUGAUGAGGCUGGGAAGGAGGAGGUCCAAGGGCCGAGGUAAGAGAAGACAAGACAAGAAGGGACGGAAAGACUGUGAACUAUGUGGCACACCGCGCAGGUAGCCUCUGCCCUGCCCCCAGCCUCGCUCCUGCCACCUGGGUUUGAGCCAGCUGCCUUUGUCCCCAGCAUGGGGCACUUGUGGAGUCAUGUCCCUCCAGCUGCAGCGGAGAGCAGGACUCCAGCACAGAAGAGCUGACUGUUAUUCUUGCUUGGCCCUGGUGGGAACAGCCUGGCACCAAGGACUCCCUUGCCCCAUCUGCCCCACUGGCAGCAAGAAAAAAGGACUCGUGACCAAGCCUGGGGCUGAAGCUGAGGAGCUCAAGCAGUUUGUUGGUGUUUGAGGACAUUCUAGGGGCAAUGAGGAGCCAUGUGCUGCUGGAACUGGCUGGGGAGGACAGCAUGAUGUGGAGAUGGCUCAAAGGGCUGCACCUGCAAAACUUCUCUGUCCUGCCAGUGCUCUGCAGCUGGGGAGGAAGGAAAUCUGGGGCAGGCAAGGCUGUUGGGCUGCAUCCGUCCCAGUUUUGGCAUAGGGCAGCCCAGGCAGGUGCCAGGGAUCUUGCCUGGGAAGCUGUUCUGCUUGGGAACAGAAGGGAGCUGGGCUCCUCAUGUAUUCACAGCUACAUCUCAGCUUUGCCCUGCUCAAUAAAAGCUGGUCAGACAUGGGAGCUGGCAGCUCCUGUCUGCUUUCCAACAAGUGCAGGAAACUUCCCCAUGGGCACCCACGUAGGCUGGAAUAGGGCAGUGACCCAGAGUUUGUCCCCAUCACCAGUCCUGCAGCACCAAGGGACUGCCCUUGGUGUGAUGCUGGAGAUGGGCACCCAGCAGGUUGCUCCCUGGGCUGGGGGCUAUCCAUGUGCUGGAGUUCAGUUGGGUACUGGGAGACCCUUGGGUGGGCUGCCCUUCCCCUCCACACCACAGUGUGGGACUGGUGCCUCUCUCUGUUCACCGUGCCCAUCCUGUUCUCACCCCAGUCCAAAUGUCUGGCUCAGUGUCCUGUCCUCCCUGGCAGGGCUGAUGCAAAGUUUAGGGCACUGGGGGGCAGGCUGCCCACUCAGGAAAUACCCCACCGAGGGUCAUUUACCUGACAUGGGAACAGACUGGCCUGGGGCCUCCUUUCCUUACUGGGAAUGCCCUUAGAGUAUAAGGAGCUGGUGGCCCUCAUCGAGGUGGCUGUGGGGACUACUGUUUCCUGCUUUCCCCACUCAGCCAGCUCUCUGCCCAGGUCUAGGGGGAAGCCACAGCCCCUGGUUCUCAAUGCUUUAGGCAGUUCUCCUGAGUUCUCCCUGUCUCCACUUCCACCCCUGCUGCAGUGGGUCUGGGGCUGUCUGCCAAAUGCAUGCCAUGCUGAUCUGUGCAAGCCAUAUCCUGCAGCAGUGCAUAUAGCUGGAAACCCUAGGGGUGAGUUGGGACUUGCAUAUUUGUGGGGCACUCCUGGCACUGGGUUAAAAAAAAAAAAAUCAAGGGUCAUUCUUGAAAGCUUCAAACAAAAGACUGGAGGGCAAGAUCUGCAAAGGUUUCAAGGUUACCCUUAAAUGAUGGGACCUGUGGUUUAUCCUGCUCUGAGGAACAAGGGUGGAGCCUAACACAGCAAGAACUGGGGUCCAAGGUGGCUCCUUCCCACAUCUGACAGGGCUGCCUGUGAUGGGGGUUAAUUAGGACUCUCUAAGCCAUAAAGGUGGUGUUGCCUGAGGCUGGCAGAAGGACGUGGGGACAGGGCAGAUCCCUGUCAAGGAAAGCUGGAGGUGGUAAUGUGAACCUGCAUGCUGCCACCAUGUAGCUGGCAUGGACUGUGUGAGUUGUAACUGUGCAGCUGGGCAUAUCGUUCAGCAGCUUGCUGGAUCCCUUUUGGAUCCCAUUUCCAGGCAUCCACAGUAUCCUGGAGCACAGCCUACAUGGGCUUUGCCUCAAAAAUAGCCCAUAAAGUUCCUCCUUCACUACCUCAUAGAUGAGGGGAACUCGCUGCUCCCCGUAUCACUCAAAGUCUGUGUGGACCAUGUGCUGGCCUGCUCCACACAGGCUUUCCCUGUCACUGUGUGUCAUUUCUGCCUGGCUGGUUUUGCUCUGAGGCCAAGGAGAACCACGUGCAGCACUUGAGGAUGUAUGUGAUGGUUUCUGUAUUGUCUUUAAUACCCUGGUAGUAUUACAUAUUUAAAAAAGGAAGUUACCUAAAUCAAGUAUGUUAAUUAAUAAAAAUAAGUUUAUCAAGA